CAUCGCUGUAUUCCCAUCUCUAUAUUUCAAGGUAAAUAUAAACCCAAAUUAAAAGUAAUAUUUUACUACAGUCCCGUGCACUUGAUCUUUAAAUCGUCUUAUUAAAAUACACCGACAACUAUGUGCAAUAUUUUGUUGUGGUUCGUUGUAAUUGUUUAGCCGGCACUCAUUCCUGGGUUGUGUGUGUGCGCGUUGGCGUUUAGCUCGAAUGUUUUUCGCAAUGUUUGAUUAGAAAGUCGGCGGCGCCAGUGGAAGAAGAAGAAACGACGAGCAACAGUGGCAGCAGCAAAGUAACAGAUUUCACAUCCAGAUGCUCUCUCUCCCUCUCUCUCUCUCUUUUGUUUCGCCGCCAGUCAUCCAACUUGCAUCAGAAUACCCUGUAAAUGAGGGUUUGCUGGACUUAUCCUAGCGAUCAGAACCGUCAUGGACUUCGCUAGCGUACUCGGUAAAAGCGAGGCGCAUCAGCGCACCAUUAUCCACCUGGACAUGGACUACUUCUACGCUCAGGUGGAGGAGAUUCGGGAUCCAACGCUACGGUCGAAGGCCCUAGGCAUUCAGCAGAAGAACAUCGUGGUCACUUGCAACUAUGUGGCGCGGGCCAAAGGAGUGACGAAAUUGAUGCUGAUUGCAGAGGCACAGCGCAUCUGUCCCGAUUUGGUGCUUGUCAAUGGAGAAGACCUCGCUCCUUAUCGGCAGAUGUCGCAAAGGAUCUUUGACCUCCUGCUUAACUACACUCCCCUAGUGGAGAAGCUUGGCUUCGAUGAGAACUUUAUGGAUGUGACUGCUCUGGUAGAACUGCGACAGGCUCAUGUAGCUGAGGCCCUGUUGAGACCACCGGUGGGUCAUACGUAUCCGGCGGAUGGUACUCCCUUGUCAACUUGCGAUUGUGGCUGUGCCCAGCGGCUGGCCAUCGGCACUCGGAUCGCCCAGGAAAUUAGGGAGGAACUCAAGCUCAGGCUGGGAAUUACCUGCUGCGCUGGAAUCGCCUAUAACAAGCUGCUGGCCAAACUGGUCGGCAGUAGUAAUAAGCCUAAUCAGCAGACCGUUCUUGUUUCCACCUAUGCAGAGCAGUUUAUGCGGGAACUGGGCGACCUAAAACGAAUCACUGGGAUUGGACAGAAGACGCAGUGCCUUCUCCUGGAGGCGGGUAUGUCAUCCGUCGAGCAGCUGCAGCAGUGCGACAUGGACGUAAUGCGGAAGAAAUUUGGAUUUGAAACUGCCACCCGACUGCGAGAUCUGGCCUUUGGCCGUGACACGAGCUCAGUCCGUCCCAGCGGAAAACCAAAGACCAUUGGAAUGGAAGAUGCCUGUAAGCCAAUAUCGGUGCGUACCGAUGUGGAGGAAAGGUUUCGCAUGCUGCUCAAGCGGCUGGUGGAGCAAGUUGCAGAGGAUGGUCGCGUUCCCAUUGCCAUCAAGGUCGUGCUCCGCAAGUUCGACUCGCAAAAGAAGAGCAGCCAUCGUGAAACCAAACAGGCUAACAUUCUACCCUCCCUUUUUAAGACCUCCAUGUGUCCAGGAGAAACUGGAGUGAGCAAGGUACAACUGGCAGACGGCGCCCAGGAUAAACUCCUUAAGAUUGUGAUGCGCCUUUUUGAGCGAAUUGUUGAUAUGAGCAAGCCCUUCAACAUCACUCUACUGGGCCUCGCAUUCUCCAAGUUCCAGGAGCGCAAGGUUGGCUCCUCAUCAAUUGCUAAUUUCCUGAUCAAAAAGGCGGAUCUGGAGGUGCAGUCUAUCACCUCACUGACAAAUACGAGUCUCACAAGUCCCACAGCGGAGAGUCCCACAUCAGACGAAUGCGCUUUCCGCUCCUCGCCAACAACAUUCAAACCCAGCGAUCAGUUCUAUAGGAGAAGAGCCACUACUGCAUCACCUGUGCCCAUGCUACUUGAUAAUGGGUCCGAAUCAGCGGCCACCAAUUCGGAUUUCAGCGACUUCUCUGAGACUGAGGUGGAACCCUCGCCGAAAAAGAGUCGCAUUGGCCGAUUACUAGUUUCUAAGCGCAGCCGCUUGGCGGCGGAUGUGGGAGAUUCCGCCGCCGAAAUAGCUUCACCCAGCAAACUGCGCGUCUGUGAUCUGCGUCUCAACUCGCGGGAUAGCGAGAAAGACUUUCCCAUGAGCACCACGCCGUCUACGUCCGCGCCUGCGCCUCGCUUCCGCACCGUCCAGCCACCAAACACGUUGCUGCAACGGAUCGACGGAAGUCUACGCUUUGUUACGACGCGCACUGCCAGUCGCUUGAGCUCAAAUGCUAGUUCCACGGCCUCCUCGCCGCUUCCUUCUCCCAUGGACGACUCCAUGGCAAUGAGCGCACCCAGCACAACAACCUUGUCAUUUCCCUCACCCACCACGACAGCGGAGGUUACCAGCGGCAGUAGUACGGUCACGUGUGAUGCCCUAACGAAUAUAGCAUGUCCAGCGGGUGUGGAUGCCGAGGUGUUCAAAGAGCUACCCGUGGAGCUGCAGACCGAGUUGAUCGCAUCGUGGCGCAGCUCCCUGGUGGCGGCUGUCGAGCAAACGAAUGGGACCGGUGCCACUACAAGCGCAGCGAUCGCCAGUGGAGCCCCAGCAACUGCCACAACCGCCAGCGGUCAGAAGAACACUUUGUAUCGCUACUUUCUUCGGAAUAAGUGAUGCAGUGUAUCCGAGCAUCACAUCGUUUUAGUUAUAAGGGCGAAGAGAAUAAAUUUGUUUAAAUAUA